AUGGGUAAAACAGCAUCGAAAUUUACUCAAGCAAUCGGAUUCGGUAAGGCGAAUACAGAGAAUAGUCUGACGGGAACGAACGAUCCGCUGGCACCGAAACCACCUCAAUGGGAUACUACAAUUGAGCAAUUAUUUGAUAAUGCGUCACCUAGCGAUAAUGGUCUCAAUGAGCCUAUUCCGCUCAAUCCUCCCAUAGGACCAAGAACACGUCGUCGAAGACCCGCUCCGCCACCACCUACAUUUGGUCGCGGCGGUCGACGACGUUCACUACCAUCAGGAAGACAACGACAUCAUCGAGGUAAUGUUCAUUCAAUGCGAACGCCAAUUGUUCCCGACAUACCCCGACGAAUCCCUAAGGGUAAUGCACAUGCUGUUAACGCACCGUUUGGUGUUAAUCGACGACCAAUGGUUUUACCAGCACCUAUUAAUGAUCGUGAUAUUCCAGCUCGAGUCGCCCUUAAUAGCAGUUUCAAACGACGUCCAUCAACCCGUCGAGGAAGACCUUUAUCACAACGUAGCCAGCGUUUACAAGAAUUACUUCAAUGCCCUGUUUGUCUAACACCGUACACAGAACCUCGGCUUCUUCCUUGUGGUCAUACGUAUUGUCAUGAAUGUCUUGAUCGCUUAAUGCAAGAUGACAACGAUGUUGUCACUUGUCCAGAAUGUCGAAAACAACAUAUUGUUCCAGACGACGGUGUCUUUCCUCCGAAUUUCGUCGUUCGAAAUCUUCUGGAAGAACAUGGCAUAUCCGCUGGCUCAAGAACAUUGACGUCGGCUAAUCUCGCCCUGAAUAAUGGUGUCACUGCCACUGCUAAGUGUACUACAUGUGAAAAAUUUGCUCCGUUACGCCUGUGUCGUCAUUGCAAUUUCAUGGUGUGUGAAAAAUGUUUGCGCGCACAUCGACACGGUACGAAUAAAGAUAAAUACGCUUAUUUGAACGGAAAAGAAAAAAACGACAACGAUUAUGAUCUCUUAUGUAAAAUUUUAGGUAGUCAAGAUAAUUUAUAUAAACGAGCAAAGAUUUUCAAUGGCAAAGUCAUGCAAUUUUACGUUGCCGUACGAAAAAUUACUCGAACUAAUUCUCAAGUAAAACGUUUGACGAUCGAAAUGCCAACUGGAAAUUAUAUUCAAGAUACUUGUGAAACUUUGAUACGCCGUAUUGCUGAUCGUGAACAACUACAAUGUCCAGUCAGUCAAUUGGUCUUAGAGUUUGGCGACAAACGUCUUCGACAUCAACGAACAUUAUCAUCAUAUGGCGUUCAGAAUGGUGAUCUCCUUUUUCUUUUCAAUCCUGACCAACGACUCAACUUUCUCGCUUAUGAAGACGAUGAAAAUGCUCCGCAACGCGCUACUUCUGCACCAAAUCGACCACCCAUUCGCCCGAGAAGAAACAGUUACAGUAGUGAUACAAGUGAUAUCCGAACAACAACAUCGAAUGAUAUAAGUAACAAUCGUACAAAUAAUCCACUAGGUCGAAUAUCCGAUCAUGAUGAUGACACAGCAUCGCUAUACAGCGAGUAG